ACACCUCCUUGGACGAUGAAAGUACAAAAACAUCACCGUCAACAUUCUCUCGAGGACAACAGACAACAAGACGAUUUCUCCUAUUAUUUUCCUCAAGAUGGCAAUUUAUAAAUGAUUCUAUUCGUUCAUCUCCUAUUCCACCAUGAAUUGUUAGAUGCGAGAUUUGAUGAUUCGGUUUGGGGUGCACCCAUUAGAAUCUUCAAGAACUGACAAGUCUUCUUCGUUUACAGUUAUUACCAAGGACAACAAUGGAGGCUCGUCCGGUUCAGAGAUCAGGUUCUAUGGUGCUCAGUAACCUCACUCGCACUACUACUUCAAUACCUUCUAACCCUUCAACCGGAGAAGAAUCCUUCAUGAGAUCAGACAACACUCAGUUUAUCUCUAAGCCAUUAGGACAACAAACCUACCAUUUGCUUUCUUCCAGUAACAACGGAGCGGUUGGGCAUAUAUGCUCUUCAACAUCCUCUGGCUUCUCAACCAAUCUCCAUUACUCAUCUAUGGUGUCUCACGAGAAACACGGAAGCAGCAGUAACGAUACUUCUUGGUGCCAUGAUUCACUUCAUGGAGGAAGGUUUCUUGAUUUACCUGAGGCCAACCAUGUUGACGACGGUGGCAUUGGUUCUGCGUUUGAUGACAUUCAAAAACGAAACGAUUGGCAUGAAUGGGCUGACCACUUGAUCACCGAUGAAGAUCCUUUACUAUCUACUAGCUGGAAUGAUCUCUUGCUUAACACCAGUUCCCAUUCAGAUUCAAAGGUGCAAAUUCCACCGCAAGCUCAUCAGACUGUUCAGCAGCAGCCUUCUCCUUCUGUGGAGUUGCGACCUGUCGGCACAACAUCUUCAAGCAGUAACAACGGAACGGGCAAGGCACGUAUGCGUUGGACGCCAGAGCUUCACGAGGCUUUUGUUGAGGCUAUCAACAGUCUUGGUGGCAGUGAAAGAGCUACUCCUAAAGGCGUGCUGAAGAUUAUGAAAGUUGAAGGCUUAACUAUAUAUCAUGUCAAAAGCCAUUUGCAGAAGUAUAGGACAGCUAGAUAUAGGCCAGAACCAUCAGAAAAUGGUUCUUCAGAGAAGAAGUUGACACCGCUUGAACAGAUAACAUCUCUUGACUUGAAAGGUGGGAUAGGUAUUACAGAGGCUCUGAGACUUCAGAUGGAAGUGCAGAAGCAACUCCAUGAGCAGCUCGAGAUUCAAAGAAACUUGCAACUCCGGAUAGAAGAACAAGGAAAGUACCUGCAAAUGAUGUUCGAGAAACAAAACUCGGGUCUCGAAAAAGGGACAGCUUCAAAAUCAGAUACCUCAGCCAAAUCUGAACAGGAAGACAAGAAAACAGAUGCUUCAAAGGAGCUCGCAUCAGAGGAAACAAGGAAUAGCCAAGAGCCUGAAUCUUCUCAGGCAAAGCGUACCAAAACCCGAUAAUUGAAAGUAAUGGGAGUAUGAUGGAGAGCUUUGAGUUAGAUGAGAUAGGGAAGGUGGAUGCAAAACAUGAUGAACUUGCCGAUGAUGUUAAGGAUCUGAGAGAGAGUAUGAUGGAUCGUAUUUGAGUUUCAAGAAACAA